GAUCAAGGAAGGCGAAACGAGAAAUGUAUGUGGAUUGACUCCUCUCACUGCCCGUAGCCCUGGGCCUCCGGGAGCUGGGAAUCCCGACGGCACCCUGCGGCGGACAAACUGUCGGCUACGUGGAGCGCCUACACCACCACCAGUCCUGGGGCAAGUGCCUCAGUUUCAGUCUGGGUGACCUUUAAGUGAAAUUUGCUUGCCAUCUUAGUUCAUACACAGAAGACUGCAAUCAACAAAAUCAACAGGUCGAAGAAGAACGAUGUUGUCCUUAAACAACCUACAGAAUGUCAUCUAUAACCCGAUGAUCCCCUAUGUUGGCACCAUUCCUGAGCAGUUGGAGCCUGGAACGUUGAUUGUGAUACGUGGACAUGUUCCUUUUGAUGUGGACAGAUUCCAAGUGGAUUUACAGUGUGGCAGCAGCGUGAAACCUCGAGCCGAUGUGGCCUUUCAUUUCAAUCCUCGUUUCAAAAGGACCAGCUGCAUCGUAUGCAAUACUCUGAUGAAUGAAAAAUGGGGAUGGGAAGAGAUCACCUACGACAUGCCUUUCAAUAGAGAAAAAUCUUUUGAAAUUGUGAUCAUGGUGCUGAAGGAAAAAUUCCAGGUGGCUGUAAAUGGAAAACACAUUCUCCUCUAUGCCCACAGGAUAAGUCUGGAGAAAAUAGACACUCUGGGCAUUUAUGGCAAAGUGAAUAUUCACUCAAUUGGUUUUAGCUUCAGCUCGGUUUUACAAAGUACCCAAGCAUCCACUGUGGAGCUGACAGCGAUAAGUAGAGAAAAUGUGCAGAAGUCUGGCACGCCACAGUUUCCUAGUAAUAGAGAAGGAGACAUUUCUAAAGUCGUACCCAGAACUGCCUACACCAAGAGCAAAGAUUCGACUGUCAAUCACACUUUGACUUGCACCAAAAUACUACCUACCAGCUAUUUGUCAAAGAGCCUGCCAUUUGUUGCGAGGUUGAAUUCUUCCAUGGGCCCCGGGCGAACUGUCGUCAUCAAAGGAGAAGUGAACACAGGUGCCAAAGGCUUUAAUGUUGACCUGAUAGCAGGAAAAUCGAAGGAUAUUGCUCUACACUUGAACCCACGCCUGAAUAUGAAAGCAUUUGUAAGAAAUUCUUUUCUUCAAGAGUCCUGGGGAGAAGAAGAGAGAAAUAUUACUUGUUUCCCAUUUAGUCCUGGGAUGUACUUUGAGAUGAUAAUUUAUUGUGAUGUUAGAGAAUUCAAGGUUGCAAUAAAUGGGGUACACAGCCUGGAAUACAAACACAGAUUUAAGGAGCUUAGCAGUAUCGACACGCUGGAAAUUGAUGGAGACAUCCACUUACUGGAAGUAAGGAGCUGGUAGCCAACUUGACUGUUUUAAAAAAAAAAACCAAAAUACAAAAUGGCUUAUGUGAUAAUGGCCUUAUCAAAGCGCAUCUCACUGUCACUAUAUGGUUUAUAUUGUUAAACUGAGCUUGCACAGUAUUAAGUCUUAGGUGUUCUCAGUCCUUGCCAAGCAGUGUGGCUGCGUCUAGCACUGAAUGAAAAAUUUGGGGCAACAGAACUUAAAGCUAGGAGGCCACUUAUCCCCCAUCUGCCUCAGCACCUUCUUUUAAAAAAUGCAUUCAGCAAAUAUUUAUUAAGUGCCUAGAAUUAAUAUAGUAGCUAGCAUGUACUGAAUACCUACUUGUUUCUAUCAGCACUGUGCCAGGGACUGGGAUCCAUACAUAGUGCACAAAACCAGUGUAUUCCCUGGUCUCAAGCUUUACUCAGCCGUCUGUCACUGUGCACUGUUGCUGCAGGCGAUGCAUAAUCACACUGGGUCCUUCGGGGCUGUUAUAUAGCUAGUAAGUUAAAUAAAUUCACUAGUGUAUACAGAAGAUCAGUCCUUCCCCCAUGACCACCUUCAUACCCAGUGUUCUACCACAGUCCACAACUGAGAGGCUUGAUGUUCACUUACCAAUGGCAAAUAAUUUUCGUUCAGCAUAAUAAACAUCUCUAGCUCUAGCUGUAAGCUUUCCCAGAUCUGAACUCAGCACAAAAACCAAGGCAAACACACACACACACAAACCAAAAAAGCAACUGGUACUGACAAUAACUUGAUGUCAAGCUCAAUGCAGCAGAUUUCUGUAUGCUGAACUCUGAGUGUAAGGCCUGCAUGUACUCCUAUAGGAAGUUUAAGGCUUACGUCAGAUGAAUUCAAUUUGUAGAGUAUUUUUGGUAAUGAAGAAAUGUUGAUUAAACUUAUGAAUUUAUAAAAUAGGCACUAUCAGAAAGUACAAUAGACCAACUGAGAGAACAGUAAAGUAGAACAUAAAAAUCUGUUUAGCCUGUGUGCAAACCAAUACAUGCCUCUGCUCUUCUACAGAUUAGUCCAGCAUCAUUAGUAACCGAGAUCAAAACAUUGUUCUGCUUUAAGUGAUUGAACUCAAACCUGUAACAGCAAGUUAAAGUGUAGCAUUUCUGUAAUUUCUCUAUUAUUUGAAGUGAGCUGGCACGAGUUCUAUGUAAAAUCCUUACAGGUCAGAUCUUGUUUGAGAUUUUGAAGUGAGGGGGGAAAAGGAGCUAAAUCAGUCUUUAGUUUUAUAUAAAACUGCUGGGAAGAAUUCUGCCAGGAUUAGGAAUAUUUUUGUAACAAAUUUUGGGUAAAUGUUUUUUAUAACCAUAUCUUGAAAAGAAUACAAUCAGUAUAAUUAUUAUUUUUUAAAAGGACUCAGUGUAGAAAUGUCUAGCCCUCACUCCUUUUCCCAGUUUUACAUGUUAAUUCUCAUUACGUAGGGUCUUUCCAACCUCAAAAAGACACUGGGUAGAGGGCAUGCAGGGUACCGUGCAGGAGGCCCUACAAUCCCCUGGGGUUAUUUUUUUUCAUAAAGAACAUCAGAAUGCAUGACCGAGAUGCUGAAGAUUAUAAGGGAACUUCAAAGAGUUCAUAGAAAAUGGAAUUAAAAGAUAAACUUAUUUUGGUGAAAACAUUUUUUAAGUCUACGCAUGUGAGGCACUUAAGAGAAAAUAAAACCCUACUAUUUACUUGAAAGGCAGAGUAAUAGAAAAAGAAGAGGAGACAGAGAAAGAAAUAUUCCAUCCACUGGGUCACCCUUCAAAUGGGUGCAAUAGCUGAGACUCAGCCAGGCCAGAGCCAGGAGCUUAGAACUCCAUCCAGGUCUCCCAGGUACCUGGGCAUCCUCUGGGUCAGGGCUCCAGGUACUUGAGCUAUCUUCUGCUGCUUUCCCAGGUGGAUUAGCAGGGAGCUUCCUAGAUUGGAAGCAGAGCAGCGUGGACUUGAACUGGAGGUCCGAUAUGAGAUGCUAGCAUCACGGGUAGAAGCUGAAUCUGUGUCACAGUUGGCCCCUCCUGCAAGUCUUACAAAGUUUGUUUUCAUCUUUGUUUUAAAUAAAGUUACAAGACUGAUUCUUUGAUAGAUUAAAUGUUAAAGGUUUUUCUUAAAAAACUCUUUGUUAAUAUUUAUUAAUGUUAUUGAGAUAUUUCUUAAGGAGAAACAGGCAUUUCUAGCAAGCUCUAUCUCUAAACUUCAAUUCUGCAUUAGAUUUCUAUGUUAUAUUAGAUCAAAGGCUCUCCAAACUCAGUGUGAACAUUCUGUAGGUUAGUUCUUACAUGCCUUAAAAAAAUCAAGGCAGAUAAAAUUUUUUGAAGAUUUAUUUAUUUGAAAGAGUUAGAGAAGGAGAGGCAGAGAGCACUUCCGUCCUCUGGUUCACACCCCACUUGGCUGUGAUGGCCAGAGCUGUGCUGAUCUGAAGCCAGGACCAGGGGCUUCUUCCAGGUCUCCCACAAGGGUGCAGGGACCUAAGAGUUUGGGCCAUCUUCCACUGCUUUCCCAGGCUACAGCAGAGCUGGAUCAGAAGUGGAGCAGCGUGGCAGGUCUUGAACCAGUGCUCAUAUGGGAUGCUGGCACUGCAUGUGGCGGCUUUACCCACUACGCCACAGCACCCAACCUGCAGACUGAAUUUUGAGCCCUCCCUUUCCAGCUUUUCCAUGACAUAGUAGUAGACAAUAGAGAUCUUCAAAGCAUUAGGAAAAAAAGCUACUGAAACCACCUCAAACAAUUAACCACCUAUGGAAACAUGAACCCUCUAAAUCCUGGAGGGGCACCCUCAUGCCACCUAGUGUUUUGGGGCCCUUUCUGUUUGACCACCAAGUAUGGGUUCCUUCAUUAGCAGUCAUAUUAACCCCCUCCCCCAAGAUGAAAGGAUAAAGGAGGCAAACAUAACCCUGAGUAAAAAUGCAUCCCAGAACUCUCUCUGUGGCACACAUACAAAUUAAGGCCUAAAGUGUCACUUUCCUUAGAUGAAGAGUAAAACUUGAAGCCGAGAGUUAAUCUGAAUGAAAUCUCUGACAUGGACCCCGUGUACAUAUGACACUGCUAUAAAGAAGAGUUACAGUUUUAUACUCAAAGUGUCAGCUUGGGGCACUAAAUCAAACAUAUUAAUUACAUCAGUCAGGAAAGACUAAUAAAAGUUGAGACACACAAAGCAAGUUGUAUGAAAAUAUUAUGUUAUUUACUCUUUAACUCCAUACCCCUGGCAUGGAGGUUCUGUGGAACACGAAUCAGGUGGGAAUUUUGUAAAGAAGUCAUUAAAUAUUUAUUAAGUAGUCCAGGCAGGUGUUAAGGCACCAAAAGUAACAUGGCACCAAACACCCCAAAAUAAAAAUAUGAAAAAUAAGUCCAAACUCCAAACAGAGUGAGAAAUAUCAAAACUUUUAGAAGUAGCUCUGGAGUGGCUCUCCCAGAAUGACUUCGAGCUGCUGAAUAGUCUUUUGGCACUGAUGUUCUACUUCUUCACAUUCAUCUAAAACAAACAAAAAAUAAUCAAAAUUAAAAUCUGCAUCAGGCAGUCACCCUGCCUCAGUUGCCACUCGCCUCUCCGUGUCUUCCGUUCUCUGCUCAGUCAGUCAGGAGGUGAAUGGAAGCGCAGCGCCAUGAGAUGCCGCCUCUGCCUUCCAGCUUCCUUCCUCCACUCCCUCCUUGUAGCAGGCUGACACUUGGAAGCCAAGUAAGAUAGAGCUCCCCAAACGGGAGACAAACCAAAUUCAAAAGCCCUCCCAUGCUGCCUCCUGAGUAGUUCACACAAGCUCCUCUCUAGCUAGAGCAGUGUAUCAUUAGUGACAAAGUGCUGAUCUACCUGCCCCCACAAUUUUAGGGCCAUGUGGUAUAAUGCUGAACAUGUGAAGAUGAAACGAUAGAUGUAAAGCACUGAGUACUGAAUAAAGAGUGGAUAUCCUAUCGCCUCCUAGUGGCCCUAGGCAUUUUGAUGAACAUAUCUGGGCACUAAACUAUUCAAUCACAUAAACAUGAAGCUUUAAAGACAGCAGUCUGCAUGAUCAUUCAAACAAAUAUAAAGAAAGUGAAGAUCAUACCAUGAACAGUCAUAAAUUAUCACAGGGUCAUCUCCUGUUUGAUCUACCACACUCAAAACAGGAAGGAGCCUGCUCCCAGGUGAGACUAAGAAGGGCAGGCGACUACCCCUGACGUGCUCAUCACAUGAUCCAAAAGGACAUUAUCACUGGGCACAUUUCACGGAACUGAUUAUUGUCUAAUAGCUUGGGAAUUACCUUCCAUCAAUUCUGCUAAGAAAGGAAUGGAUUCAGGCAGCAGGACAAUAUAAUUUUCCUUUAGUUUUUCAGCCAGUGCUAACACAGUAAUCAAAGCUGCAAAUCGAACCUGAAAGGGAAAUAAAAUAGUAAAGAAUACAAAAGUAGUUCUAUGUACUUACUGCUAUAAUUAUGAUCUUAAGACCUCUACUGACUUGAGAUGUUCUUUUUAUACUAAAUGCUAUUUCAUGUAUGUUUAUUUUGCUCCAUUAUGUCCAUUCAACUUUCACCUCAGAAUACCAGUUCGUGGAACCAUUGGGGAUCUUUUGUAACAUGUGCAGCCUUAAAAAUCUGUUUUUCAAACUGUUCCAGGACUUGAUCAUUUUAAUAUGUAUGUCUUUCUAUAUUUCCUUUAAGAAAACAAUAAAAAGCUACAUGCAAACUCAAAUGUGUCAUCAAUUUAACUGCCCUGGCUGUAUCUGCCAGGACUCCACUUACAGUUGCUGAGUUACCACGGGAGUCGUGUGAAUGGUCAGGGAACCCUCUUUGGUUAGGCCCUCAUCUCAGCACUCAAUGAAAACCCUGUAUGUCAUGAUGUGUUAUGUAUUGGAAUUUGAGGUGCUGUUGACAAUUCACUUUGAAAUAGAAGCCCUAUUACCUCUCUACUUUUGCAUAGAUUAAAA